AUGAACUUGAACCAACUUCAUCGCUUUUUUGGCUGCGGGAUUACAUAUGAUCCCGUCAGAAAUACUAUUAUUAUGUUAGCUCUGUUCUUCGGAACAGUGUUUACCCUUGAACCCAUUGGAGAGAUGAUUUCUACCUGGCUAGAGAAACCAAAAUCGCCAUCUUUGUCUACACUGAGUUCUAACCAGGGCGUCGAAGAGAUCAUCUGUAACCUGAAAGAUGUAAAUAAGAAGCGGAUUAAGGACAGACACGAAUUGGCAGAAGCAAAGAGGGAAAUAGAGAACCUGAAAGAAGAAUUGGAGGAACUUCGGAGGGAGGUAAGGGCAGGAAAGAAGAAUGACAAGGAUGCUAGCCACUCAGGAAAGAGCACUCAUAAACAUUGGAAGGAAAACCAGAGUACACGAAGCAGAACUAGGGACGCUGAAGGAAUCGAAGAACGCGAAACUGCCAUACGGAAGGGAAGCAAACUGCGGCGUUGGAAUGAGAAAAUUAAAAGAAGGUUAAAUCGAGAAGCGAAACACGAUCCUAUGUGGGAUGAACUUCGGGAAGAACUGUUAAGGGAUUGGCAGAAACUUUCAAGUUCACAGGUCAUUUCAGAGGAUGAAAUAAAUGACAUACUUCAGGAUAUGGAAGAAAUGAUUAUUAAUAGUGAACUUGAUGUGGAAAAGGAGGAAAUAGAAGGAGGGAGUCAGGAGGAAACAGAAGAGACUCCCGAAUGGGAACCAGACGAUGUACUGGAAAAUAUAGAAAUUAUCGAGGAAAUCAGAGAGAUCCUUGAGGAAGAGAAGGCUGAAAGGCGCUCUAAAAGAAGGUGGGAAAAGAACGCUUGGAAAUCCGUUAUCCGGGAACAUAAAGAGAGAAAGGCCAACGAAAGGGCCGAUAAAAAGCUGAUUAAGCAGCAAUUACUCUCUAGAAAACGGAAAGAAAAGGAGAGGAGAAAGGCUCUAAGGGAAGUUGAAAAAAAGUGGAUUAGCGCACUCAAGAGAAAUUUCACGGAGCGACUAGAGGAAAGGAAACAGAAAAGAAGAGAUGACAGAUUGAAGAAACUGAGAGACUUGAUCGAGUUAGUCAAGCAAGAACGUAAGAUAAUGAAGUACAAACGCAGGGCUGAACAAGAAUGGCUAGAGAGAGAAGCCAGGUCUUUGGCACUGUAUGACUAUCAAGUAAGGAUGGAAGAACGAGAAAGGAAAAAGGAAGCAAAAAGAGCUUUCAAGCAAGAAUUGAAGGAAAGGAAGGCCAAAUUGAAAGCUGAAGAGGAUAGGCUCAGAGAAACACGAGCCAAGUUAGAGGAAGAACACAAGAAGAGAAAAAAUAAAGCAAAGCUUGAAAAAAAGAGGCUAAUGAGCGCUUUAAAAGAUCUCAAGAGACGGAAAAGAGACCUGGGGAGAAAACGAAAACCCAAAAGGUCUGAAGUAGAAUUGCAAAUGCAUGAUUACAUUUGGUUCUUUUUGAGGAAUCCUGCAAUGAUCUCUUUGUAUUUGAGAAAUGGUCCGCUAGAGCGUAGGGAAAAGAGGAAAAGAGAUUCGAAGGCCACAGAUUCUCAAAAGGAGAUUUGGGUAUGGAAGAAGAAUUCAAGAGGAAAAUUUGAAUUCAUAGAAAAAAAGAGAAUAGACAUGACUGAAGGCAGGAGGACUGAAAGCAGUUUGGGGUUGAUGUGA